CUUUCUCUCUCUAAAAAACUUUCCGAGCGAUGUCGAGGCGGCCCGGCAAGGAAGUGGCGGCACAGGCGGCGGGUGGACAGCGGUUUUCCGGCGAGAAGGCAUCGUAUUUUCGUUCUGGGGCUGGGAAGAGUAUGGACAUUAUGAGAAGUACGAUGAACUCAAUGGAGAGCUCGGGGCCCAGACACGUUAGAUCCCGUGGUAUUUCGGCCUCGGCUCGUAGAGAACGGGUGCACUAUUCUGAGGAUGAUGAAGAUGAUGAUGGUGAUGAGGAGGAGGAGGAGGAGGAUGCAGAUGAGGAUGUGGACGAUCAGAGUGGACCAUAUGAUGAUUACGGUCCAUUCAGUCAGAGGCUUGAUGAUGUGUAUGAGACGCGUAGGGUAGACGUGCGUAAGGGUAGAGAUGGUAGAUUUGUUAGUAGAUCUGGCACAUCAUCUGCGUCCACUGUGUCUGCGGUUAGCAGAAAACGGUCGAGGGCCGUUAAUGAUUCUUGGGUGGUGAGGGGCGAGGUGGCUGGGGGACCUAUAGACGGGAGUGUGAUUCCUAGCUUUCUAGGACACAUCGCUACCCGUAUUUGGGAGGACCAAGAGCGGGCUUUGGAUAGCGGCAUUUUGAAAUGCCAAACCCGGGAGAGGACUUGUAACUUCUUGUGUAGUUGGGCUGAGGCUUGGCCGGAGGAGAGCGAGAUGGUCGGCCGAUUGAGGGCCACUAGAGUGAGCCACCUUCCUGCCACCAUGCAUGAGAGGAUGCACUAGAGUGAGCUGUUAUUGAUGAACUGGAACGGGCCCUUGAGCAGUGGCAGUGGGCGUCACAGAGAGAUUAUUGAUAUGUCGGCAGUGCAUUUAUAAAACAUUUUCCUAGUUGUUUGUAAAAGUUAACAUUAUCUGUUCUUAUAAUUAUUAUUUUAAGUUCUUAGAAUUUGACAUUA